AUGGCUUUCAGAACCUUGCGCCUCUUGCUGCUGCUGCUGCUGCCCUGUGCAGCGAGUUUGCCUGUGCCCUUGCCUUUCGGGGCGGCGAAGAGCCCCGCAGCGCCGCGGCCGAAGCCCUGGGCGGCUCGGCCCCCGCAGGCGCAAGCGCGACGCGAGGAUCGGCCUGGCUGGCAGCUCUUCCUUUGUAGCGCCUGUGUCGGACUCGCCUUGGCACCGGCAGUGAGAGCCGCCGACCUCGUGAAUGGUGAGGCCGUGUUUGAUGCGAACUGCGUCUCCUGCCACGCCGGCGGGGGCAAUAAGAUCUACCCGCUUCAGACCCUUUCGCGCAGCGCGCUGGAGAGGAAUGGGAAGUACUCGGUGGAGCUGAUCGCCCAGCAGGUCAGCAAUGGGCAGACACCAAUGCCAGCCUUCAGCGACAAGCUUACCGAGAAGAGCAUAGAAGAUGUUGCCAGCUUCGUCUACGCUGAGGCGGAGGUGAAUUGGAAGGACAAAAAGCUUGUCGGCGGCUCGGCAAGACGGUUCAGCCAAUUCUUGGACUCUCUCUGGCCAUUCCAGUAG